AUGUCCCCUAUCACCCGCCCACCCCUCCACCCCUCCCUCUCUGCCAUCCACCAAACCAUCCCAACGAUGGACAUCAGCACGCCCGAAAAGCGCCGCGUCUACCGUGACUACCUGACCACACACUUCACACUCGAAAACACCCUCAAGGGCCAUGAAUCCACUAUCGCCUACCAAGAAGUCGACAUCCCGGGUCCCGCUGGCCCCCUGCGUGCCACCAUCUUCCGCCCAAAGCACACCACUUUAGACGUCUCCUCCACCCCGGGGAUCCUGCACAUGCACGGUGGCGGGCACUCCACUGGAAACCGCUUCAUGGGCUUCACCGUGCUGGACUGGGUUGAAUCCCUCAGCGCAGUGAUCAUGACGGCAGAGUACCGUCUCGCGCCGGAACAUCCCCAGCCUGCGCAAUUGGAGGAUAGCUAUGCGGCGUUGAAGUGGAUGAGUGAGCAUGCACAUGAUCUAGGGUUCAACCCGUCCAAGUUAGUCGUAUGUGGUGGCUCAGCGGGAGGUAACCUCGCCGCUGGCCUGAGCCUUCUAGCAAGAGACCGCGCGGGACCCGCGAUCAAAGGCCAAGUGCUGAUGUACCCCUGGGUAGACGACAGCGUGGAGUGGAACUCGAUGGAACAGUUCGGGGAUAUUGCGCCGUUGACGAAGGCGGAUGCGGCGCAGGCGAGUGAUUUUGCCUUCGGAGUGAAUCGGGAGUUUGCCGAUAUGUAUACGGUUCCGCUGAGAGCGGAGAGCUUUGUGGGACUGCCCGAGACGUUUAUUGAUGUUGGCGAGGCGGAUGUGUUCCGUGAUCAGGAUCUUGCGUAUGCGGCCAGGUUGUGGAGGGAUGGAGUCGCUACGGAGUUGCAUGUUUGGCCUGGGUGCUGGCAUGGGUUUGAUGCUUUUGUGCCUGAGGCGGAGGUUAGUCGCAGGGCGAGGGAGGCGAGGUUGGGGUGGUUGAAGAGGUUACUUGCUUGA